UCAGACGUCGUGCCAACACUGUGGACAAAUCCAGUUGAAAAGUUCACCAUGCAAAUCAGAACCAGAUACCUAUUGUUCCUGUGGUCCAAGAAACGCCCGAUUACAUGCAUGGCAGAAGAACCUUAUAUGCAAGACUCAUCCUCAUAGCCCCAAAAUGUACCGCCAUUCCGAUAUCAUCGAAGUGAAAUCUUCUCUGAGAAGGGGCAGGAGAAGGAUACCAGAGAGAAGGUCCCAGUUCUCGUGCAAAUCCUCUGACAGUUUAGACUAUGCUGGUGCAAUGCUUACCAGCAUGGACAAUGCCAAGAGUGUUGUGUCCGAAAUAUUUGGUGAUGAUGUGAGCUUAAGGGCACCACUUGCAGCAUUUGAUUCAGUUGAUUGUCAACUUGAUUCAGAGGAUGCAUCCCGCAGAGAGAGAACGGUCAGUCAGGUUGAAGACCUGACCAGUCAUAUAUGUCAAUGUGGAGGACAGUCAAACAAACAAAGUGAAACGGAACAGAACAAUAAAGACAACCAUCAAAACAAGUUUCAAAAUUCACGCAUCUCACCCGAACGAAGUGAAAGUUGCAUAAACGGAUUUACUGAGGAUGUUUUGAGGAGUUCAUUUACCAAGAAGGAUAUGGCUAGACCUUUGUUUUACAGUAGAGAUGCACAGAUGAAUGGUAAUAUUUCUAGAAGUCAAGUUUAUGGAUGCAACGGCAAGGAAGAAUUGUCCACAUCUCUUAGUACUGUUUCUUUGAAGGAUAGGAUCUCAAGACCUAAUUCUUUCAGGCACAGCAUGAGUGAGUCUGAGGACAGCUUUGUGUUGUCGGGCGUGACGCUGCCCCAGGAUGUAACCGUCUCCAUGGUGAACGGCCAGGAGAUGGUGAUGAUGAACAUGUCAGCCUACUGUCAGCUGCUAGAUGAACUCCAUCUGCUCAAGUCGCAGCUGGCCAGGUUGUCUUCUGUGCUACAGGACAAUGCAGACAACCUUUCGGAUGAAGUAGACUAACAUGUACAGGAGCACCCUUGGUGACAGUAAACAGAUUUUGCAUCAGCUGUGAAGAGGGAUAGCAAGAGUAUUUCAUACGUCCAACCCACGCUUGCAAGAAAUCAAGAAAUCAUCGUUCAUCAUCAUCGAAGACUGCAUGUGCGACCUUAACAUCUUGUACAUAGGUUUCAAUUCUGACAGUCUACUAUUCUGUCUCUUUGACACAUUUGAGUUGAACAACUACUUCUCUGUUCUUUGUUAGUACAAUGUAGUGGAUUCACAAUAAAGGAUGUAUAGUAAAACAUGGUAACAAUAACUCCAAAGGACUGGUGAAAUUGAACUGGUUUUGACAUAGAGUGUUACUUGUGAAACCCUGUCUGCCAUUUGAUUUCAAUACCUAGUCAUGUCAUUUAUAGUUUAUUAUGAAAAACAUUUCACUUAAUAACUUUUCAACCUUUUAAUGGCUUUUGGAGGUUGGUGUGAUGAACAAGGGCGAAAAUUCUUUAGAUAAACAUCCUUAUUACAAUAAACAUGAUGUUUCAGUGUAUCUGAUGCAAGCCCAUUACUUGCUUGAUGAUGGUGUUUGUAUCUGCACAGAAGAGUUAUCUCCCUUGUUCAUGAGUGCAUUUGUUAUUCAAUUCAAGGAAUUGCAAAUACAAAUAAUGUACUGUAGCGAUGAUAGGAUAAUCAGUUGUACUUGCCAAUAAAUUAACUUGCUGUUCACUAUGAGAAAUCAUUGCAUGACUUCUGAAAUAGUUCAUCCCAACUGUUCUAUACAUAUGUUUAGUAUGCGUAACUGUUAGUAUAAGCCCAUCUUCUACUGUAUGUUCAUUGUGACCAAAAAGUUUCAUUUUGAUUGUUUCGCGAAUUUCUUGAGCAAUCAAAAUGUGGAUUUCUCAUGUUUCUCUUCUAAAUGCAAAGCUUCAUGAUCCAUACAUCCGAGUUAUAAUCAGACAAUGUUGAACAUAUCAGGAGACCAGUGUGACAGUGCUUAUAUUAACCAAGGAUAUGGUUGUGAAUGUAAACUUCAGUACUACAACGUCAUGAUAUAUCUUGUGUAAUCUUCAGGGUGCUGUUGUACAAACAACCAUAGCACUAACACUACCAUAAGUCUAUGUUAAGGUAUGGGAGUUACCUUCACCUUAGCGCUAAGAUCGCUCUGUACAACAGCCCCUGGUCUGGACAGUGGUAUAUGACCUUUGGCCUGGUUAUUCCAUUGCUGGGCCGAUGGUAGCGAAGAUAUUUCAGCUUACUAAUUAACAAGAUGAGGAUGGUGUAGGAUAUACAAGUGAUAAAAAUCAUUUAAUGAGUGCAAACAUUUGCAUUUAUUUAACACAAACCUAGCAAUAAAUCAGUAAGUAUUACUUGGAGAGUUGUAUAUUUGUGUAGUAUUACUGAGUAAUCAUUGAAUCUUAUUGCACAAUGUAUUGUUUUUGUACCAAGAUCAGAGACCAGUAAUGUAAGUUGCAAUUUGCAUAACAUUUAUGGGACCACAAUGGCAACAAUUUAUUUUUUCAUCAAUUUGAAUGGAAAAUAGUUGAAAUAGUUGUACAGUUGAAAUAGAGAAACAUUUGAUACUCUGCAAUAUGUAACUUAGAUCAAGACAUUUUGUAAGUAAAUAGUGGUGAUAGUAUUAUACACAUCGUUUAUAAGAAUUCAACAUUUAUCUAUUGUAAUGUGUAUCCCUGUAUUAUAAUCCGAUGUAACUUCUAUGAUUCCAUUUGGGAAGGGUUUCUCACAUGAACAACAAAACUAUUGAUGAUGUUAUCAAAUGUUUGUGUAAAGAGUAUAUUUUUCACAACGUUGUUACGACUUUAUAAACAGCUCAUUACACAACAGAGUAUGCACAAAUAAUUCACUCUUUAGUGAAAUGUUCCUGUUUCUAUACUGUUAUAAAGAUUUUACACUUUUACUCACCUUCAUCAAAUUGUUAAAUAUUAUAUUUUCAUGAAACAACUUUGAUAUAUACAUGUGUGUAAACGUAGUGUGAAGCUAUAGCUUUGUGUGGGGGCGGUGGGGUAGCCUAAUGGUUAAAGCGUUCGCUCGUCACGCCGAAGA